AUGUCUCUCAAGUUCCCCAGAUUAGCAUGCUUUGAAUUUCCCGAAAAAAUAGACAUUGAACCACUUACUCUGGAGCAAGCUCCGAAUUUGUCUGCCCUAUACAUAGAUAUGAACUUUUGUAAGGAGACAGAGAAGUUGCAUGGAAAUCUUGAUUUCAUCAACCUUUCUAUAGUAAGAGAAAUCUGCUUCAAGGGGAAGCUUGGCAGAAACGAGGAUAUGCUAAUAUUCACCCUUCUUACCAAGCAUCCGCAAACCCUCAAGAAGCUAACUGGCCUACAGUUCAUGGUGGAUCCACAAGGAGAGUCGUACGACAGAGUGUAUCGACGUGUUGUGGGAUUUUUUGCCAUACUAAGACGUAUGGGAUUGAUUCUACAUAAUGUUUGCAAACUCUCGUUACCGUUAACCAACCACUCAACUGCUGUCAUCAUCAACCUUAUCAGCAAGCAUAUUUAUUUUGAGAAUUUAACCCGCUUGGAGUUAUACAUCGAAGACGACGGGAGUGUACUCAAUUUAGUGGAUUCUCUUCAACAAUUGGCUACAAUUGUGAAACAAAGAAGUGUCAGUAUUGAUAACUUGUCCAUCAGCUAUACUCUAAUUAAGGAAGAUCUUGAAAAGAACCAUCUUCGGUCAAUGAUCCUCUUGAAACUUACUGAACCAUUCAGAAACCUAAAGAGGCUCAAUAUGAAUCUUCGAAUUGAGGGCCUCAAUUUGUCCAAUCUUCUAAUGAUUUUAGGUACACCCAUUUCAAACAACACCAAAACUCUCCGUGAUAUACGGAUAAAUAUAACGCAUCCAUCUGAAAAUCUUAUUGGCAAUAUGUUACCAACACUUGAAGAUGUUGAUUUGCUAUUCCCUCAUCUUAAUUAUCUCAACAGCUGCCAUUGCAACCUUUGUGAGGGGGCAUUUGCCACCAUUAAAGGAGAGACCGAGGGCCAGAUGAUUGAUGAAUCGAUUAAAAUCUCCUCAUUGAUGAUAAUUGGCCGUGAAAUGGAUGAAUUUCUGCAAUCCUCGGAGCUUGAGCCCUACUGCUUUACAUGGAAUGAUUAUCAGAGGUUCAUCAGGACUAGUGGUCGCAAAAAUAAAGGAUAUAUGUUUGAUCAUUUAGUGAAUAAGCAGCUCAACGAGUCGCUAAAACACAUGCCCAACUUGAGGAUGGUGGAAAUAUGUGGAAUGGUAUAUCUGCGUGUGAGCGAAGACGAGUUCAGGCUCCUUUUUGGACAGCCAUUCAUGGGAUUAGAUGCUGAACACCUGUCUGCCAUAGUGGACAUGGGACACGUUCUCAGUGGAGAUUUUUCUGGUGUGGGAACAGGACGACUGUAG